UUUUUGAAGCCACUUUUGGAUUGUGUAUUUAAUUGGAUUUGUUUGCGUAGUAUAUAGGCCUAACCUGUAGUAUAAGCCAUUGUUACGUGUAUGUGCGUAAGGAAUGUAAAACUGUAACCUAUCGACUGUUUGGUCAAAUAUAGUACUGUGGGGUAAGAUGGAUACUGUUAUAUAGCUGAUACUAUUUUCCAUUUCCUAAUAGUGAUCUUAACAAUUAACAGCGUUCUUUUAGAGUCAUAAGGAUACAGUUGAUUCUGUAGAUUUUCCUUGUUUCUUAGCAAACGAGAUGAUAAAACAAAAUGAAAACAUGGCCCAUCUUACCCCAACCUAUUAUAUUUUAUUAAACAAAAAAUUUAGUAGACACUGCAGUUUUGCGUAGGAGGUAUAGAUGGAAUUCACGGUUUGUUUUAUAAACCUUCGGCAGCAUAAGAACCAUAGCGACAGCAAAAUAAGUUCGUAAUAUUUUACCAGCAUUAGAAUGUAUGGUUGAUGUUUCUAAGUACGUAAGAUAGAUUCUAAUAAAGCGAUAUGGCUUCUCCGUUAAGCAUAAUGGACAUACGUGGAAGCCCAUCAGAUUCGAAAAAGAAGCAUAUCUCUUUGGAAGAGAGAGAAAAGUUGUACUCGGAGCUCGACCCGAGGAUGACAGCGUUCUCACCGAGGCCUGAGACUCGACUCGCUUUGCAAAAAUCACCGACGACUGAUGUUAAAAUAUCCAUGAAUCACAAACUCCGCACAUUUCGUGACGAAUCAACGAUUAUUUAUCCUUUGACUUCUUACCAAACCUGGGUGGACGCUGGUCGCCUAGAACCACUUUUCCCUGAGCGGCCUGACCCCGAGUACAACUCAAACGUUUGGCGGCAUUUCAGUACCAGAGAUCCCGCCACUAUUGCCUACCGAAAUCAAAGGAUCUCGGACCUUGUAGCUUCCAUGUACCCACUGAACAUUCCCCCACCCUCUCGUAUGGGAGACUCCACUUACGCGAAUUUCAUUAAAUAUGGAGAUAUCUUCAGAGAUCCGUUGAAAAAAGCGAAGAAAAUAACUUGGACGGAACAGGAACUCGCGGAAAUGAAACGACUUGACGUUUUAUCGGACGCCAGAGUCCCACCUACAGACGACAGAGGUCGUAUCCUACCACCGUUAUCAUUUAGACGUCUACAAGCUCAAGGAAGAAUACGUCAUUUACCAAUGUCGUUGGACAACAGAUACCAAAUCCCACCAAGCCGAGGAGUAUCUGGUCGACACCAUCUUCCACAUGAUAAACAUUCAGACACUGCAUCGCUAGCUUCACGAAACACAAGUCUGCGACAUAAGGGAUUACUGUGGAAGUUCUCAUACAAGAUGAAUCACCCAGAAUACGAUCGGGUGUUGGAGACCCAGCGUGAAAAGGAGAGAUGGAGAAUCAAAAACAGCAAGAUGAGAGAACUACGCAAGCAAGCUAUACAGAACGAAUUACUUGCUAGCUAUUAGAAUAAGAUUAAACAUCUUUGAAAUGGGAAAAAGUGAUCUUUUUAUACGUAUGCCACAAGCUGCAAAUGAGACACUGUAAACUACAGUAUAAUGUACUUUAGAAUGGUUAACAAAGCCGUUGGAGCUUCAGCAAACUUAUGUUACUUUUAUACACCUCAUGCUCACUGUCAAGUUAGAAGGUUGUUUUGAUAAUAAAACGAAUUAUUAAGUGGU